AUGGGUUCACACAACCAUGGCUCUAGCUCCGGCGCAGAGCUCUCCGACAAUGCCCCGCCGCGUACCGUCAACGGGAAACCUGUCCAGAAUGGCGUCGUCGACGCGGGGUUGAAGAGCUUAGAUCAUUACCAGAGAACGCUUCCAGAAUGGCGAUACAAACUACGACAGCGACUACUCCCUCUCAUCCGAUGGGAGACCCCAUACCUAGCUAUGCUCCAGGAAAAGAUGCGGACACCAGCGUUGGAUAGAUACUUUGCCAUCACGGCCAACCUCGGGACACAUACCUUCUUCAUGAUCGGUCUACCAGUUCUCUUCUGGUGCAGCUUCUCCAGUUUCGGCAAGGGCCUCGUCCACAUCCUCGCCGCCGGCGUCUUCUGGACCGGUUUUGUCAAAGACAUGCUCUCCCUCCCGCGACCGCUCUCCCCUCCUCUCCAUCGAAUCACCAUGUCCGGCUCCGCCGCGCUCGAAUACGGUUUCCCAUCCACCCACUCCGCCAACGCUGUCUCCGUAACCGUCUACUCGAUCCUCGUCCUACACAGCGACAGCAACACCUACUCGCCCUCCACGACCUUGGCACUCGAGCUUCUCGCUUACUUCUACGCCUUCUCCAUCGUCUUCGGCCGCUUAUACUGCGGCAUGCACGGCUUCCUCGACGUGAUAAUCGGCUCCAUCAUGGGCGCCGCCAUCUCCUACAUUGAGUUCUACUACGGCCCGCCCUUCCAGCUCUGGCUGUACGCAAGCGACUACUUCGCGCCCAUCCUCUUCGCCAUCACCAUCCUGAUCCUUGUGCGCAUCCACCCCGAGCCGGCAGACGACUGCCCCUGCUUCGACGACUCCGUCUCUUUCGCGGGCGUCAUCGUCGGUCUCGAGCUGGGGACAUGGCACUUUGCUAGGUCGCGGUGGGAUCACAUCUACAACGGGCCCAACGCGCUCUUCGACCUGUCUGCCCUCGGCUGGCCGGUGAUUAUCAUCCGUUUGAUCCUGGGAGUCCUCAUCAUCUUUGCUUGGAGGGAGGUAAUGAAACCUACCCUCCUCAAGGUCCUCCCUCAUCUGUUCCGCGUCAUCGAAACCCAUGGCCUUUCGCUGCCCCGCCGCUUCUUCAUGCCCGCUACCGAGUACAAGGAUGUCCCGCUCAACUUGCGCGACGAUGAGGUUUUGCCGAAAGUGAGCGAUAUCCCGCGCAUGAUGCGCAGUAUUCGUGGCCCCGGGCGCGGUCGCGCGGUGAGCAUUGGUCCGCAGAGCGCGGCGGAUGCGUAUGAGACGUUGGCGUAUCGCGAGAGGAAGAGGAGGGAGAGUUUGAGUAGUGAGAAGGGAUCUGGGUUGAAGCAGGUUCAUAAUGCUGUUGCUGCUGAAGGUGGUGUUGAUGGCGAGGAGUCCGUGGUUGAUGAAGCUGUUGCGCAGUCGUCGGGCUAUGAGAAAUAUGAGAGGCAGAUGGGUCAGGGGCAGGUGGUUGUUGAGAGCGCCGGUGGUGGCUUGUUGAGCCCGAAUUCAUCGGUCGCUGUGGAGGAGCCAGAGCUUUACUUGGGACAAAGGGAUGAGCUGGGCGAGAAGGAGAUUUUCUCCAAGCUGACGAGGCCGAGAGUGAGGUAUGAUGUCGAGGUGGUGACUAAGUUGGUUGUUUAUGCUGGUAUCGGAUACCUAGCAGUUGACACGAUCCCCAUAUUAUUCGAACUCACAGGUUUGCUGGGAGCUGGACACCUUCCUUUUCCCAUUCCUGUUCCUCCUCCUGCGCGUUCAUCGUAA